AUGGUUGAUCUUUUGAUAGCUUUGAGAGAGUAUCCAGAAGCUAUUAAAACUUUUAGAGAGGGCACAGAAUUGUUGGGGGAAGACAAUCUAUUUGAUGAGAAGGCUUUAGAAGAACUCGAAUCAGCAGAAAAAGUCACUGAAGAACUACAAUCUUUCGUUAGAAUUCAGCAAAUUAGAAAAGAUUUUGUUCACAGCGAUGUUGACGAGCAAUUGCUUUUUUCUGUUCCUUUUACUGCCGAUGGUAAAAAUUUUGUAUAA